UGGUCAUGAUGGUUGUGGAAGAAACAGAUGCUCAGUGGUUACUCCAACCAAUGGUUGGUGUGCGGCUAGAUAUAGGUGAGAAAAAAAUAUUGGUGGCAGUCCAAUCAUUCGAUAUAUUUAUACGUGCCUAACGAAUUGAAUCAAGACCCAAAUGGCCUUGACGUGGCACAGAAUGUUAGUUCAAAUCCCCAUAAAAAAGUCCCACUGGUUGUAUGAGAUGAGAAGUUGGCGGGAGAGCCCCAAAACCGACAUUCAACUCAAUGGGAAUUCCGAGAUUAAACUGCAAACUAGUCCUUGAGCACGAAUGGGUGAAGAAGACACCAUGAUUCUGAAUACACUUCUCCUCUUUUGUGCCUUUUCUGUGAGAACUUGUCUAUCGUGUUCCACCUUACCCACCCUCAAUGGAACACCUCUGCCUGAGCCCUGUGUGCUCCCAUUCAAGUUCCAAGGCGAGACCUUCCUUUCGUGCACGAAUCGAGGUGGCUCAGAGAGUCGUGAGUGGUGUUCGGUCGAAGUUGACCCAGAAGGCAAUCAUCAAGUUGGUGGGGCACGUUGGGGGCAUUGUGACCCUGAAUUGUGCAGCCCACAACCCAGGGACCCAAAUCCAGAUCUGGCCGAUUAUGGUGGGCCUAUUGAGUUGCUGGAUGAAGUAGAUGGCGCGCUUCAGACUCAAUGUCAAGCUAUGGGAUCAGAUGGGAACAUUGAGGCUUGCGUAUUUCCCUUCGUUUAUAACGAUAGGCCCCACAACCAAUGUAUUACGGAUAAUGAUCCGGACGGGAAGUUCUGGUGCUCUUUAGGAGUCGACCAAGAGGGCCGACAUAUCAUGGGACGUUGGGGCCAUUGCAUUGGGGAAUGUGGUGGAACUGACCCCACCCAAGGGCAACUCUCUGAUUGUGCACAAUUGCCUGAAAUGGACCUACCCACUGAUGGGACAUAUUUACCCGACUAUUCCAAUUGUGGACAAUCAAACGGAUUGAGCUCGUUUAAGGUGAUUGGCGGCUCCACUCCACCCAUCGGGAAAUACACGUUCCCCGUCAUGUUGGGCCGCAGUUCGUCGCCCAUCUUUUGUGGAGGGUCGUUGAUCAAUCGUAAGUAUGUGCUCACAGCGGCCCAUUGCAUUAAAGGGAACCCUCCCACGAUCAUCACCGUGGGUGAGCACACCUGGGGCCAAGAUUGCGAAUGUUCCGGGUCUGGAACGCAGCGACGAUGCAACUCCAAAUCGCAGAGAAUCGAAGUGGAUCAAGUGAUUCCUCACCCUGGUUAUACCACGGGUAAAGACGAUAUUGCAUUGGUGCGGUUGCGACAACCGGUCAGACUCUCGGCUCACGUGCAGCUCAUCUGUCUGCCACACGAUUCGGAACGUAUGGCCUCGAUUUUGGGUACCUAUGAUAUUGUGGGUGGUCUUGAAGGCCGAGAGGGCACGGUGGUGGGUUGGGGAUCGACACAAAAUAAUGACGAUCCCUUCCAGACUUCGGAAGUCACUGAUGAUUAUCCAGAUGUGUACGAGCAGUACAAUGAGGAGGGUGGGCCUCCUUCAAAAUCCCUAGAGGCGGACAUAUCAUCAGUACCAUCCCCUUUCUACGAGGCCAUCGAUGGAACCGAUGGAACCGAUGGAACCGAUGGAACCAAAGUAGUCGAUGGUCUGGAAAACCAGUACGAUUUGAUUGAUGAGUAUGAUGACUUGACGGUGGAAGACAACAGCGAGAUCAUCGAGUAUUUACCCAGAUCCAUCCAGGAAACCACUCAUCCCAUCAUAUCUUCACGCGAAUGCCAAUCGCUCUGGUUCAGUUACCGUCAAAGCGAUCACAUUUGCGCUGGUCGAAAUGGCAAAGGCUCGUGCUUCGGGGACAGCGGUGGUCCAUUAGUGGUGAAAGGCUCAGAUGGAACCAUGUUUCAAAUAGGUGUGGUCUCUUAUGGAGCCAGACGAUGUGCGGAAAAGCAGCCGAGUGUGUACACGCGUGUUUCUCGCUAUAUGAAGUGGAUUCGAGCCAACCUGAGGCCUUAGAAAAUGUCUGGCUCAAAUUGAUUGAAUAAUAAAGACAAGCAUUAUCGCGA